AUGUCUGCCUCUCUCCCAGGCAAUCGAGAAUUACCUGCUUCUCAAACAUUGUUAGUCAAUAGUGCCGGAUUGGAGCAUGCGAAGAGUCUUAUCUCGAGUUAUAAACAGGGGAAGAUCCAAGAGAUGACUCCGGAAUUAUGGAAUGCGAAAAAGAUAGUCGAUUCAACAUUACAUCCGGGAACACUGUUAUGGCAAAUUACGAAUCAAUCCCUUAAUGUGGCUAUCAAUAAUGCCAAUGCCAAUAAAUCUACUCCUCUUUCGACCUCAAAAAUUGCACAAUCAUACUUUCUCGCAGUUGGAGCUUCAUGCUCGGUUGCACUUGGUCUCAAUGCCCUCGUUCCAAGAUUAAAGAAAGUAAGCCCAGGCACGAAGAUGAUCCUUGGAAGAUUAGUACCAUUCGCCGCUGUUGCAAGUGCUGGAGCAUUGAAUGUUUUCUUGAUGCGAGGGGAAGAAAUCAGAAAGGGCAUUGAUGUCUACCCGGUUCUAUCAGAAUCGGAUAAGGCUAAACUUGCAGCAGAGGGCAAAUCUGAAUCCGAGGUUGCUUCGUUAGGCAAGAGCAAAAAAGCAGCCACUAUUGCAGUCUCGGAAACGGCUAUAAGUCGAGUAUUGAACAGCUCUCCAAUUAUGGUUAUUCCAGCUUUAAUUUUGGUGAGGUUACAAAAGAAGCAGUUUCUCAUAAGAAACCCUAGACUCACAUUGCCAAUCAACUUGGGUCUCAUUCUUGGCACUAGUCUAUUCGCUUUACCUUUAGCUCUAGCAGCCUUCCCUCAACGCCAAAGCGUAGAUGCAUCAAAGUUAGAGGAGGAGUUCUGGGGCAAAGGUGGAGAAGAUGGAAAGGUGGUUUUCAACAGAGGAAUAUGA